CUGGUCCAAGGAAAAGCAGCUCGCAAGUUGCCGUAUAAAGCCAAGGAAGGCGGUCUUCCCCAAAGGGCGCCUUCCUUUCCCCUCCUCCCCAUCCGCACACCGCCGCCGCCGGGCCACCUUGCUUCCCCCACCUCCUUGCGCCGCCGGGGUCCGGCCCUGCUCGCCUUCCCCGCCGUCGCAGUCGCACCGUCCUCCACCGUCGGAGGGAGAAAGCAGCAGCGGCCAGAGCGGAACAGCGCGGGCCGAGGAAGGGGAUGGCCGGCGCCGGGAGGAGAGUGGCGGUCGCCGCCGUGCAGUUCGCCUGCACCGACACGGUGGCCGACAACGUCGCCGCCGCCGAGAGAUUGAUUAGAGAAGCUCAUAAGAAAGGCGCGAACAUUGUCCUCAUUCAGGAGCUAUUUGAGGGGCACUAUUUCUGUCAAGCUCAAAGGAUGGAUUUCUUUGGGCGUGCCAAGCCUUAUAAAGAGAACCCGACUAUAAUGAGAAUGCAAAAGCUUGCAAAGGAGUUGGAUGUUGUAAUACCUGUAAGUUUCUUUGAAGAAGCUGGCAACGCUCAUUACAAUUCUGUGGCCAUAAUUGAUGCUGAUGGCACCGAUCUUGGGCUAUACCGCAAAUCGCACAUUCCAGAUGGACCAGGUUAUCAAGAGAAAUUUUAUUUCAACCCGGGUGACACUGGAUUCAAGGCUUUCAAAACAAAGUAUGCAACAAUUGGUGUUGGAAUUUGCUGGGAUCAGUGGUUUCCAGAGACUGCAAGGGCUAUGGUGCUACAGGGGGCGGAAAUAUUGUUCUAUCCCACUGCUAUUGGUUCUGAACCCCAGGAUAUGAACCUGGAUUCCCGUGAACACUGGAAGCGUGUCAUGCAAGGCCAUGCCGGCGCUAACUUGGUUCCCCUUGUUGCUUCUAACCGGAUAGGAAAGGAAACCGUCGAGACUGAGCAUGGCAACAGCACCAUAAAGUUCUACGGGAACUCGUUCAUCGCAGGGCCAACUGGAGAAAUCGUGAAGCUCGCAAACGACAAGGACGAGGAGGUGCUGGUGGCAGAGUUCGACUUGGACGAGAUCAAAUCCACGAGACACGGCUGGGGGAUAUUCAGGGACAGGCGCCCUGAUCUAUACAAAGUACUGCUGACGUUGGAUGGCAAGACAUCAUCAUCAUCCUAGGUUCCACUUUUUAUGAAAGAGGAAAUGAGCUCCACAAUGCUGGGAGAACACCAAACGGACAAACGGUAGAUCUUCAUGUCUUUCCCCCUGCAUAAAUAGCGAUCUGCCAGUACGUUUCCAACUUGGUUGGUGAUUUCCCACCAAUAUAUAACAUCAAUAAAAAUACCGUCAUGUGAUGUUGAUGUGACCGGCAGCAACAUAUUUGAACUAAAGCAAUAUAAUGAUGAUGCAUCGCUGCUUCA